AGUUAUUUCAUUGUGGAACAAUUUGGGUGUUUUUUAGUUUUUCACAAGUAGUAAUAAAAUAAUUAUAUUUCAAGAUUUUUAAUAUACUAUCUAUCAAUGGCUAGCCAACAACCACCUCGUCCAUUGUUCCGUUUUGCUUCCAUGGUCCGUCCGGCUGCACAACCUGCACAACCUCCUCCAGCUUCUGCUCCACCAGCACCAUCCCCACAACCGAUGUUUCGACCUACCACCCCAUUUAGGCCUGCCUCACCAGCAGUUACUGCUCCUCAGCCCCCUCAACCUCCAGUACCUACUGCUCCUCCCGUUGCAGUAGUCACUGCACCACCGCAACCACAAGUGUCAGUCCCAGGUAGCCCCAUUUCACCACGGAGGCGUCAACCUGUGGCAACUUCACCGCCAAGAUCACCUGUUGCUCCUCCUCAAUCUGUUGUUUCGCCACCAAAGGCUCCUUCACCACGUUCUCCAGUGGCAGCACAACCACAACGUGCUGCCACUGAGGUCCCUAAAUCUCCUGUCAUUAGAACCUCUCCCGUCAUUAGAGCCACCACGUCAGUGCCACAAUCCCCAUUCAAGCCAUUAGCUUCUAAUGUAACAACAGAGAACGCUCCAACUAGAACUCCGUAUUCUUCAUUUCCGCCAUCUCCAAAAACAAAAUUGCCAGAUUCUAUCCAAACUCUCAUCAAUCAAUCAUCACCAUCAAAAGCCCCCCCACCAUCUCAGAAUGUCUUCCAGCCUAAUUUAGUGAAAUCCCAGACUUACUCUCCUCAAACUAAGCCUGCAGUUUCUCACCCUCCAUCCCCACUAAAGCUUCCCCCAUCUCAACUUGAGCUUGAGUCCAAGAUUCCUUCACAUGUUGAUCAGAAAUCUGUUGUGGUCCAUGAAACCAUGAGGGCUAACGCUAAUGGUCAUCAUGUCCUGCAGACUGCUAGAAAUGGAAACACAGUGGAAAGUUGGAAACAAGAAACAGUUAAAAAAGAUAAAGGGGUUCAGAAGAAGAAGGUGUCUAAUUCGGAUGCUGCAGAUGACUUUGGAACGAGUGUUCUAACACUAGCUGGUGACAACAAGGGAGCCAUAAUGGAGUUAAGCCCUUCAAGGAAGACAUACAGCCCUCAGAGCCUUCAAAAGAAAGGAAGCCCAAAGUCUUGGAGUAGUGAGGAUGAUGGAGAGAAAUCAGGGAAUGAAAGUGGAAGGAAGGGAGAUAAAAUGCAAAAUAAGUCCCUUCCUAUGACUGCAUUCAUGAACAGCAACGUCCAAGGUAUCAACAACUCCAUUCUCCACAAUGCUUCUUGCACUCACCAUGACCCUGGUGUCCACCUUGUUUUUUCAAGAAAGACAAAUGGUAGUAAUGGCCUCCACAUCAAGGGCAGCCAAAAGAGCUAAAAUCAUCAUCAUCAUCAUCUUUUUUUCAUGGAGGGUCCUUUGUUUCUUUUAAUAUUUGAGAGAAUAAAUUGAGUGGUACGUCGAAAAGGACAUGGAUUCUGAUUCUUCAUGCAUGGCUGCAAUCCACUUCUCAUGCACAAGGACCAUCCUUUGGUAGGACAGAGAGAUUCUAUGCACAAUGUUACCACAAUAAAGCUUUCUUAUUGUAUUGAGCAUCUUUUAUUCUAUAUAAUUUGUAAGUCUAAUACAGAAUUCGUAAUUGUCUUAUCAAAUGUAUUUUGUAAAAUAUUGAAUACCAUGUCUGAGUUUGGUUUU